UCUAAGGGGGCUCAACGACCUUUCCCUGGAUUAGUAGGCCAAAAACCUUCACAGAUUGAAGGGGUUUUUCUAGGGUUUAUCAAAUCUUUCAAAACCCACAAAUUUUAAUGGUUCGUUCCAACGCAACUAAACUUGUCUUAUGGGUCGCUCGCCAUUCCGUCUCUCACAACCCUUUAUUUGAAUCUUUGGUUAAAGGGGGUUAUCGAAAGUUUGGAUCUUCAUGUCACAAUAGUGUUUUUAACACAUCCAAUUAUAGAUAUGCAGGUGUUGGCGCAAGAUUUUUGGCGAAUCUUGGAACGGUUAAGGCGAAUUGCGGCUUGACAAGAUCCAUUCAUGGCACUGCUUAUAUGGCUUCAAAAGAUUAUUAUGAUACUCUUGGAGUUAGUAAGAGUGCAUCUUCUUCAGAAAUCAAGAAAGCCUAUUACGGGCUAGCAAAGAAAUGGCAUCCAGAUGCAAAUAAAGAUGACCCAGAAGCCGAAGUAAGAUUUCAAGAACUUUCGAAGGCAUAUGAGGUUCUGAAAGAUGAGGAUAAAAGAGCAGAUUAUGACCAGCUUGGGCAUGAACAAUAUGAAGCAAGUGUCAGUGGUGGAGGUGGUCCAGGUGAUGCUCCGUGGGGCAAUUCUUCUUUCAAUGGCUUCCCUGAUAUAUUUGGCUCCUGGACUAACCCAUUCCGGAACUUCAGUGGCGAGGAUGCUAAGGCGUCUGUUGAGAUUUCUUUUAUGGAAGCUGUGCAAGGAUGUACCAGAAGUGUGGAUUUCUAUACCGAGUUGACUUGUGACACUUGCGGCGGAUCUGGUGUUCCUCCUGGAACAAGGCCUGAAACCUGUAGGCGUUGCAAAGGAGCAGGCAUGACAAUGUUUCAACAAGGUAAUAUGAGAAUGCAGGCCACUUGCCAACAUUGUGGUGGAAGUGGAAAAUUUGUCAAGAGCUUAUGCAAGUCGUGUAAUGGUCAGCGGGUGGUGAGAGGACCAAAAACUGUAAAAGUAAACAUCAUGCCAGGAGUGGAUACAGAUGAUGUAAUAAAGAUGUCUAGACAAGGUGGAGCAGAUCCUGAUGGAGAUCAGCCUGGCGAUCUUCAUAUUUUUAUCAAGGUUCGCGACGACCCUAUUUUCCGACGUAAAGGGGCCCACAUAUAUGUGGAUGCUACGCUGAAUAUCACUCAGGCAAUUUUGGGAGGAGUCGUUAACGUCCCGACUCUAACAGGAGAUGUAAAUAUUAAGGUUCGUCCAGGAACUCAACCAGGUGAUCAAGUAGUCCUAAAGGGAAAAGGAAUUAAAACAAGAACCUCUUAUUUGUACGGAAAUCAAUAUGUACAUUUCCUUGUCAGCAUCCCGAAGAACAUAACACAGCGACAACGUGAGCUAAUCGAGGAGUUUGGCAAAGCAGACAAAGGUGAAGACAAGAAGCAAGUUGCUGCUGUUGCUGGAGGGUCUUCUUAGCCCGCAACUUGCUAGGGGUGUUUGGUGAUGGUCUAUAGAAGGCACGGGCAUUUUUUUUUUUAUAAUAUUCCUAUGGGUUUCUCUCAUUAUUACAUAGGUGAUAAGUGAUAACCCUUUCCUGGAGCGUCAGGAAUUUUGAUGGGAUAAUAUCUCCAAUUAGCAUUUUGCUACUGGGUAUAAUAUUAGAAAGUAUUCGUUGUAUAAACCAUUAUGGUCAAAGGCUAGGUGUGGUUUUGAAACCAUCUUUGCUUGAUGUUAUAUUGAAUAACUAACCAAACAUUUAUUA